UCGAGGUCAGUGUUCGGAGGUGACAAUCGGCCACGCUCACUCUCAGUGCAACCGCUCGCUCGGCAGAAAACAUCUACUUUUCACCCUAGGGCUUCUAGCAAAAGGCAGGAUAAGCAUUCAAUAAUGAAGAUUCAAAUUGUCUUCCUGAUGGUGAUGGUGACAUUGUGUGUCGCGGCGCCGCAGCUACAGAGGGGCAGUCAAGACACGGGCAGCCAGCAGUUCAUCGAGGAGGUGGUGGUGGAGUCGGUCCUGCAAGUCCGCAGCCCCUCCGCCGGUCGCCAGGCCCGCACCAACACGCAGACUUCGCUGAAAGAUGGCGCUAGGGUCGCCGCACUUAAAAGCAAUUGAUAGUAUAUUGGGUUAGCAGGAGAUUAGUUGUAUUUUAGAUUUAAGGAAUAAAUUGAUUGUAUAUUCAUAAUAAAUCCACCGAGUUUUAUACUACAAAGUCAGAUAAUAAAGAUUUGAAAUAUUCUA